GAAAUGGAUAUCUGGCCCAUUUCGUGGACACCAAAACUGAGUUGGAAUGUAUAUCCAUUUCGUGGAUCAUAUACCUGAGAUGAAGCUGGGUAUUUUGGAAAUUAUUUGCAGCCGUGCGUAUUUAGAGAAAUAAUUUUUUUUUAUUUAUUUCAACAAAAAAGCCUCGACAAUACUUUUGAUAAUUUUUCGAAUUACGGCAAAAGCUUUGGUAGCACAAACGACAGUUGGUGUGGGUGUCGCUCGGCGCGAGCGUUGGUGAAGAAUGAGCAGUUCGGGCGACGCAGAAGCAGAAGCAGAAGCAGAAUACUUCAGCAAGGACUUCGAAUGGGAAGAAGUAAGAGCUGACGUGGAAUCUAACCCUUCGUUCCGCUACCACCUCCUUCCUUUUCAACCCUCCAAAUCACAAGCAGAAUCAGAUGUGCGAGCAUGGAAGCGAUUCCAUGUUCGUCAUUCCUCGGGAAAGUUCUUCAAGGAGCGACGCUAUCUGCUGAAGGAGUUCCCGGAACUUGUUUCAUCUGCUCCACACACUAAGCUUUUGGAAGUAGGUUGCGGCAAUGGAAGCACUGCUCUUCCAAUACUACGGGCCAACAAAGAUGUCAUUGUCUAUGCAUGCGACUGUAGUGAUGAGACUCUUGAAAAGGCCAAAGAGAUUUUAGGUGCUGCCACCAUUGUGGCUUUUAGUCACCGGUUUCAUACAUUCUAUUGUGAUGUUUCCACUGAUGGAUUCCCAAACUGGUUGGUAUGCAACCCAUGCCGAGAUAGAGUUUUGCAAAAACCAUCAAUGUGCUUGUCAGAUGUCAAACAUGAUAAUGGAAUGCACUCUACCAAUCCAUUUAAAUUAGAAGGAUGCGAAUGUUGUAUUGGGGGAGUAGAUUUUGUAACAUUGAUAUUCACCCUAUCAGCAAUACCACUGGAAAGGAUGCCAAGGUUCAUCAAGGAAUGCUUUGAUGUGUUAAAUCCUGGAGGCAUGGUUUUAUUUAGGGACUACGGCCUUUAUGAUAUGACCAUGCUUCGAUUUGAGGAAGAUAAGAGAGUUGGAUUUAGGGAAUACAUGCGAUUGGAUGGAACACGGGCAUAUUUCUUUUGUUUGGAUACUGUACGAGACCUAUUUGUGGGUUCAGGCUUCACUGAGCUUGAGCUUGAUUAUUGCUGUGUAAAAUCUGUAAACCGCCAGAAAGGCAAGUGCAUGCGAAGGAUUUGGGUUCAUGGGAAGUUUCAGAAGCCUGUACUGAAUUAGCUAUCCUAAAGAUUAAAGGGGAGACAGAUGAAUCAUAAAGCUAGUGAAGAGCUCUUGAAUUUCGGCACCAUGAGAAUGACAUGGUUAUCUGUUUCUGGAAAAGCAAAUGUAGAAGAUCUCUUUGGCUGCAGUGUCAUGUCCAGUCUAUCCAUUUUCUUCUUUUUGUUUUUGGAGUGAAUAUGAAUCCAAUGUAUCUUGAGGCUUUUAAGAGAAUCAUCAAGUUCUUAACAGAAAAAAAGAUAAAGAAUGAUCUCGUUAAUCUGCGGAUGACAGUAAGAUUCCUGCAAAAUGUGUUAACGUGAAAGCAAUAGCUGUUUUCACUUUCUAGUUUCUAGUGUUAAUGUGUCGCCGGAGAAUUAGAGCAGAGGUGUGGUCAAUUACAAUUUUCAGGUUGGGUUGGGCCAUAAUAAAUUGGUCCCCACGAGACCCAAAAUUAUAUGGUUCUUUAAGAAGUACAUUGGGUUGUCCAAAAUCAAAGUGCAUCAUGCACCAUUUAUUCGUUUCCAA